GCCGUUGUUACCUCGCUCCAAAAGGUUCUCGACAGACUUGGAGAGCACCACGAGUCGAGGUGUGCGUACACCCGGGGGGCUGGCUCGACAUGCCGUGGAUCGGGAACUGAUUUUUUCUGAAGGGAGACGCUCAAGAUCCGUCCGAGUCUCCUUUUCCUUCCUUUGUUGUGUUUCCUCUUGCAAACGUUUUUUAGGCCUCUCUUCUCAUCGCGCUGUCGUCAGCGCUGCUCCUACGCACAACAAGCCUUUUUCCCGGUGUCCCGGCGAUACGUCUCACUUCGUUCUCGUUUCCAGAAAGGUGCAGGAAACCUUGCAUCCCUUUCUUCUUCUCUCUCUUUCGUUCUUUUUGUUAUCUCUUUCGUCUGCUCCUUUGUCUCUUUCUUCUCCCUUGUCCUCUUCUUUCGUUUGCUGCCCGUCCCGUCUCUCUCAGGUUUCCUUUUUCCCUCGAUGCCUGAACGGCUUCUAUCUUGUUCCUCGCCUCUCCGCAGACACCGCGCGUCUUUUUCGUCUGCUGCUUUCCAAUAAUCGUUUCCUCCGUGCGGAGCUCUGAGCUCUUCCUGCUCCUUGCCCAGACCUUUUCACUCUCUCCUCCUGGCUGAGAACAGAGAGCAGAGGGGGAGGGGGGUGGGGGAGCUUGACGCCCUACGAGUUAGAAGAAAAAAAGGCCGCUUCACUCGGUUUCUCACUUCACACGGAAGAGGCGCAUGCGAGCGGAUUCCGACUCCUAAGGAGGCGAUUAGGAAACCUUUUCGAGAGCCGUUUCUCAGCAUGACAAACGCAGGAAAGAGCUCUUCUUGCCCCCCUUGCAGUGGCGAGGCGAAGAAGCGCGAGGACACAGAGGAAGGCCGAGCGGGCGGUCGAGGAAACAGCGAGAACGGCGACGACAGAGCGGAGGCAUCCCCGUCACGAGGUUCUCUGUGUGAAAGUGCGAGGAAGGUUUUCGACGAGAAGCUUUUCACCUCCUCGUUCUUCAGAGAAGUUUGGGAGCGGUCUCCACUGCUGCUGCGAAGCUCCGAACUUGGCGCUCAUCCGUUCUCAGGACGCAAAUUCAUUUCAGAGGAAGACAUGGUCCGCAUGUGCUACAGAGGCGCGAUAGCGGAGACACUCAAAGUAUUCCAGGAAGGCAAACUCUACGACCCCCCGCAGAUCUCCUUUCCAGAAGAGGCAUGCGUCGACAUCAGUGCCAUCCGUCCACCGCCUCGCGCUGCUUCUUCUUCUUCGGGGGAGAGGUCGAGUGACCGCGAGGGGAAGAAGGCAGAAACCGGAAAGAUGGAGGAGGGGGGGGAGAGGCACAGAACCACGACAAGCGCUAGUCUUUCGCGAGCAACUUGUCGAUAUCUCGAAGGAUGCAGUUUAGUGAUCAAUCAGGCAGACAGAACUCUGGAAAUUCUUCAAAGCAUCUGCCAGCACUUGUCCAAAAAAUACUUCUCCCAUGUUUUCGCUGUCUCCUACCUGACGCCGCCGAGAACGCAUGCAGUCAAAACACACACGGACGACCAGGACGUCUUUCUGCUCCAAGUGUGGGGGUCGAAGGCGUGGAAGAUCUGGACGCCUCCUCAAAUUCUUCCUUUGACCGAAGAAAUGCUCGGAAAACGCGAAGCCUUCCCUGACGAUCCUGGGAAGCCGCUGCUGGAGUUUGUGUUAAAGGAAGGCGACAUUCUGUACAUUCCCCGAGGAUUUCCGCAUGCAGCGGUGACAACGGAGGAACCGUCUCUCCACAUCACUCUCACUGUCCCCACUGCUGAGUUUGCGUAUGUCACCUGUCUGCAAAGACUGGUGAAGAGUCUCGUUCUCACCCACACACUCCCCUCAGACACAGAGCGACGGUGCCGCUCUGCUCUCCUUCUUAAGGACGUCCCCGGAGCCGCGGAAGACCUGCAUGCACUGCGUGCGGCGGUCGAUGCAUGCGCAGAGCAAGUGGCGUCUCGACUGAACUACGAUGCACUCUGCAACUCCCUCAGCAGUCAACUGGAAACAGUCAACGCCAUGCAGAGGCGCCAGUUCCUUCGUCUUCAGGCCGUACCCGUUUCGACGCCUUUCACAGAGACAUCGCUGGUGGCGCUUGCCGCAGGCCUAACAUGCAAGUGCGAGGAAGGAAGCGCGGAGGCGGUGUUCUUCAAGGGAACUCAGAGUCUGACGAUGAAGAUCUGCCCGUCCGCGUCGAAACUCAUCAACGUUCUCGCGAAUCGACAACCUGCAACGGUUUGCGACCUGCCGUGCAAGGACCCCUUUGAGCGCUUCUGCGUUCUUCUCGUCCUACACAGCAAGGCUCUGAUCGACGUUCUUUCUCGCUGACGCAUGCGCAGAAAAUCCUCCUUUCUCGCUAGACCUUCUGUCUACACGGACCGCUAAUGUGUACGCAUGUCAACACACACCAUUAAAUAGAGAAAUAUAUAUAUAUAUAUAUGUGUGUGUAGAGGGAUAGAUAUGCAUCUGCGUAAGUAGGUUUUGGGAGACUCCGCACAAGAGCAGCUGCAGGCGUCUGUCUAUACGCCCGAGUGAAUGGGCACAGUAAAUCAGGCACACUGGCCUCCAUGUUCAAAAACAGAUAGCCUAUAUAUAUAUAUAUAUAUAUAUAUAUGCAUGUAUGUAGGAGUAUGCAUAUAUAUAUAUAUAUAUAUAUAUAAAUAUGGUUGUGCAUGAAUUUGGGAAGCAGGAAGUGCAGAAACCCACCCUGCCUUCAGUCGCGUUUCGUUUUCCGAGUUGAGGUGCGUACGUUUGACGAAGGAGCGCCGAAGUAGAGGAAAUCUCCUCACGAGCGCGCACAGGCGCUCCUGAAGAGAUGCGCUUUCAAGGGAGAUGCGAACCUCUCUUUUUUUGGGUGGACGUUUCAAGAGUGUCGAGAGAAGAGAAAAUGAUGAGGCGACAAAGAAGCAGCACACCUCUCGUCGUCGCGGCUCGUUAAAUCGUUCUGAGGAAAAUGCUUUUUCAAACAGCAGGCAGAAGCCGCACAGGAAACGGCAUUCUUGCCCGAAACUGCGGUGUACGUACACUCGGGGAUCCGCUACCUAGCCAGGUGUAUGUACAGCGCUGGGAUCCACCAGCCAGUCCGUUUUUUUCAAAGUUUGAUUUGCAGUGGUUUUCUAUUGAUGUAUUUGUCUGUGUUCAUUCGAGUCAUCUGCCCCUGCCUGCUACGCAUGCGCUGAGGUGCAAGUCGUGUAUUGCCCUCUUCAUUAAGGCGCGUCAACAUAUCAUGUGCGUUUACGCGUUUUCCACGAACGCUGAAAAGUGGAGAAGCACCCAGGGAACAGGGUACCAACUGCUGUAGGACUGAAGAUUCGUGUGUCUGUAUUUUGUGUUCAUUUCCACCUUCUGUCACCCUUUUCGCUCUUCCAGUCCUUGAGCUAUCUCUGCGGCGGUAGAAAGCCUCCGUCUGAAGACGGCUGAAAAAAUGUUUUUUUUCUGAAAACAAUCUGUGCUUCGGAUGCUGGCGCCUGCCUCCCUAACCAACCUCUGCUGUCUUCCCC